AUGAAAUAUCUCACAGGGUUUGUUAUGUGGAUAGCAUUUUCAACAUUUAUUAUAAGUUGUUUUUCCAAAGAUAUUCCACAAAAACGAAGAAUGGUUUUAAGAUUACCAUUUGUGAAUCAAGGAUCGGUGAGUUAUGUUAUCACUUCUGAAAAAAAGCAAAGUUUGAACUUUCUAAUAAAAAAUAUAACAAUUUUCUACAUGAAAAACAAAGGCUUACGUGAUUAUAAUAAUUUCCAAAAAAAACUUUUGAGCACUUUUAAAUAAAAUAAAUAUGUUAAAUUUAUCUGUUUACAGUUCAAAAAUGACGACAGAUUAUAGCUGUGAAAUUCGAAAACAAACAUGAUCUGUUUUUGAGCUAUUUUCUCACGAAAUAGUACAAGGAUAUUUUUCCUGUUUUGAUAUUUAUUUUUUCUAUACAUCCGAAAUUGCACCAAAGUAUUUUAUGUUUUGGAUAAAUCUAUAUUUAUUCAUAAAUGUAUUUUCAGAAUCUCUCUGGUGGACAACGCGUAUUUCGAACAUUUGUCGUUGGAAAUGGACCAAAAUCAAAGAAAUCGGAAAAGAAUUUGGAUAUACUUCAAUUAUUGAUGAAUUCUGAUUAUAACUGA